UUGUCUGUUUGUCACAAUUUAACAUCAGUCUCUGACACAGGUGUCUAGCCUAUUCGUCCACCUGUCUCUGUUCACAGCGGGUCGGGCUGCUCUGGGGGUGAACGUUACCUGUCAAAAGCGUCUGGGUGUAGCCUUGCCUUAUCAGUGCACAGGGGAAGACGUGCAGUUAUCACGAGCGUCUUAGCCAGCAAGGAAAACUAGUGACACAUUUUUGGCUUUAUCACUGUAUGCGAGUGUCACUUAAGUUCUGUAGAACUUCUGGCGAUUACCUGUCUACUUCAUUUUAUGUGGAACAGUAUUUCUGCGAUAAAAGGAUUUUGACAUCAAAUGAAACUAGCCACUGGAACGAGAAUAAUAAGUAAUUCCAUGGAAGCACAAAGAGAAACAUCCACCUGUUCUGCUCUCCUUGCCCUACCACAUUUCCCUUCUUCCUUUCGUCAAAACAUGACUCAUGAGUUACACCAACAAUGUUCUAUAUGGACUUCUAUAUGAAAGAUCAGCUUGGAGGUCUUAAUGGGAAUAGAGUCUAGACUUUAGAGAGGUAACAUUGAGUACCAUUUCUGGAUCAAGGCCCCAGAAACCAGCUUUGUAUAUGCAGACCAGCAUGGCACCCAAGGACGCUUUCACAGAGUCCGUUCCAGUGCUGGAAAUGAUACAAGUCGUACAAGAAAAAGAUUCAAAUUGUGGACAAAAUGCAGGGAAGAAGAAAGAGAGGGAAGUGGAGAAGUCAGAGGACUCGGCCAGUGAGGAUUCAAUAAACCAUAUCCCGAAGCGGUUAUGGGUCAUGCACAGUGCUGUCAUGUUCGGGAGAGAGUUCUGCUAUGCCAUGGAAACAGCGCUGGUCACUCCUGUACUGUUGCAGCUAGGUCUCCCGGAGCAGUAUUACAGUUUAACCUGGUUCCUCAGCCCUAUUUUGGGUUUAAUUUUCACCCCUCUAUGUGGCUCAGCAAGUGACCGUUGCACUUUGAAAUGGGGUCGGAGGAGACCCUUCAUUUUGGCACUGUGUGUAGGAGUGUUAAUAGGAGUGUCCUUAUUUCUCAAUGGAUCUCUUAUAGGUCUGUCUCUAGGUGAUGUUGCCAGUAAUCAACCGGUUGGGAUUGUGCUGACCGUUGUUGGUGUGGUAGUUCUAGAUUUCUGUGCUGAUGCUUUGGAUGGACCAAUCAGAGCCUACCUCCUGGAUGUGGCUGAUACCGAGGAACAGGACAUGGCUUUGAAUAUCCAUGCUUUCUCAGCAGGGCUAGGAGGUGCUUUAGGUUACAUGUUUGGAGGGCUGGACUGGACCAACACCUUCCUAGGUCAAGCUUUUAAGGCCCAAGAGCAGGUCCUCUUUUUCUUUGCUGCCAUCAUCUUUAUCAUUUCUUCAACGCUUCAUCUUUUCAGCAUCAAUGAGCAUCAAUAUAGCCCGAACCAUCAAGGGGCAUUAAAGGAUGAGGAUGAAGUAACGCCACCUCCUGUCCAGCUCUAUAGCAACUUUUCAUCUACUCAUGUCAUACCUCAACUAAAACUGAUCCCUGAAGAGGAGCUGUUUUCAGCCCAUGAGGAUAAUCGCACUGGGCAGGAUGUUUCAAUUGAAUUUCUAAAUGACUUGGUGCGGAGUAAAAGUGACUCAGUUUUAGCCAUGCCAGAUUCUACAGUAGAGCUUAUCCCAGACUUGGACUUGGAUCGCAAUGGGCAGUUUGUGUGCAACAUCAGACCUACUUUACUCCUAGACUUUCAGGGUCUACAAGCUGAUUCCCACAACACUUGCCAUCCAGGUCAGAGCACUGACCAUCACUUACCGUGUUGUGAUAGCAAUGGGGAAAAUAUCUGUGAAGCUGCCAAAACUGGAAAUGAAAGCUUUGCCAUUUCUGGAAAUCCAAUAAAUGGUGCAAGGAAUGCUACCAGUCAACCAGGUAAAGUCGGUUUACGCCCACCUGGCACCUCAGUGCGUCGCCGCCACCCUUCCCUCUAUCGCCAGCCCUCGUUCACUUUCUCUUAUCACGGACGUGUGGGCUUUCAGUGGCGAAGGCGCUACGGCAACGUGGCUGGGCCGAUCAAAUCUUCGCGAAGCCUGAAUGACAUCGACACAAUCGAUAGACGCCAUGAAUGGCAAAAGAUGCAGCUAAGGCGCAUCUCUGCAUCCCGCAGAGAUGCAGAGGAUGAAGAGAGCGAGGAUGGGGAUAGUGGUACGUCGGUCAAACUGCUCUGGUUGUCCAUGUUUAACAUGCCACCCCAGCUCUGGCGUCUGUGUGUAUGUCACUUGCUCUCCUGGUUCUCCAUUAUUGCACAAGCCAUGUUCUACACAGACUUAAUGGGCCAGGUCAUCUUUGAAGGAGACCCAACUGCUGCUGCUAACUCCACUGCCCUGCAGAGCUACAGUAAAGGUGUGCAGAUGGGCUGCUGGGGGCUUGUGAUCUAUGCGGCUACAGCUGCGCUCUGCUCAGAUGUGCUCCAAAGGAUCUUAAACAACUAUGACUUAAGCAUAAAAAUCAUCUACAUGUUAGGGACUCUAAGCUAUACUGUGGGCACAGCCAUCAUGUCCAUCUUUCCAAAUAUAUAUGUUGCUAUGGUGAUGAUAAGCACCAUGGGAAUCAUUUCUAUGAGCAUGUCAUACUGCCCUUAUGCUCUGCUGGGACAGUACCAUGAAAUCAAAGAGUACAUUCAUCACAGCCCUGGAAACUCACGGCGAGGGUUUGGCAUCGACUGUGCCAUACUGACGUGUCAGGUGUACAUCUCUCAGAUUUUGGUGGCGUCGGCUCUCGGUGCAGUCGUAGAUGCUGUCGGUACAGUGAGAGUGAUCCCAAUGGUGGCAUCAGGAGGUGCCUUUCUUGGUUUUCUUGCUGCGGCUUUCCUCGUCAUCUAUCCUGAUACAUUUGAUGAUGAAGAUGAUGACGACAAUGAAGAUGUUCUGUGAAGUCAGAGAAGCUCAAUGUUUCAAAGCCAGUGCUAUGGAGCAGUUCCUGCAAGCUGGAGGUUGAAUCCACAAUUUGAGUGUUAAAACUUAAAAUACUUGAGUUAUUAAAGUACAAAUCACAGAUUGCACAAGCACAAGGUUCAUUGUCUAUCAUUCAUACACUCUCUCAUAUGCAGAAUGUAAUUCUGAUAUGUUACAGAGACAAAGUCAAAUAUUUGAUUUCUGAGAUUAUUUCUCAAGCCAUUAAUUGUUUGUUGCCAAUAAUGUCAGUUGUCUACAAAAAAAGUAUGUUUCAGUUUUGAUUUAGAUUUUUUUAAUAACCAUGUUUAAAUAACUAAAUUUGAAAAAAAAUAUUUCACAUUCUAAUAUUUUUCUACACAUUUGAUCAUUGCACUUAGCAAAUCAACAUUUGCAUUCCAGAUGCAAGUUUGCAUUUUUUACACUGAUAUUUUUUCAGUGUUAAAAUGAGUCUGAUUACCAUUGUUUUUCCCAUCUCAGCAUCAUAUCAUAAGAAACACUCAGGGGAAAGCUGAAAUGAUUGCUUCUGGCUGCUGUUUCUGAGCUCAAAAAGCUCACUUCUGUUUACACUUUAUCUAUGCACAAUGCCAAAUAUUUUUCUAAUGAUGCCAUACAUUGGUUUUGAGAGUUGCCUUUGAUUUUCUACACUAUUUUAAGGUAUAGUAUUGAAGAGCUGUGACACCAAUUAAGGAAAUGGUUUUGCUUUACAGCAGUGAUUGCUUUGUGAAAUGAAGAAGUGUGUUUAGCUGUCAUGGCAAUUUUUACUUGGUUUCCAAAUAACACUCCAAGAGUGGCAGUAUUUUUCAAAGUCAAAUUCUUAAUACUGUUCCAGUAGUUAUUAUACACAAGUUACUGAGCUUGUUUCCUGUUCAGGAAGACAGGCCAAAUAUGUUCUAGUCAGUCACAGAAGUGUGACAUACAAAGAUCAAUAGGCUGACGUUGUAUCCUAUUUUAUCAAACUGAAAGUUUUUCUUUGUGUGUGUGUGUGUGUGUAGUGGUUUUGUAAAUAAGGUGAACACUUUUUAUUAAUUUUUCUGUUUAUGUGGCACUGUUGUGUUUGAACCAAAUUGAAUGUUUAUACUGGCUCCAGGUAUUUUUGUUUUGAAUGUUUGUGAAGUUUCGGUAAAGACAAGGUUUCACACUU